CUGGCAUUCCUCUAACUGUGGCCGGUUGGCUUUGCAGGAGAUCCUGUUGGAAAGCAACUGCAGCAUGUAAGUCACUUCCUUUUGCUAAUGAACAAGCCUUGCUCCAUCCCCCAGCCUUCUCUUUCUCCCAUUCCUGUCUCACCAUGCCCCAGUCUUAAGACUGGCAUCUCUUGCCAGUCAAUCCUAACCCUAAGUAUACUUUAACUGUUAGUGAUUUAAAAGGUCUAGUGAAGGUCUUCCUGGCUUCGAACCUGAUUCUGGGAGGAGGAAGGGAAGUCCUUGGUCAGGAAGGGGAAUGGAGGUUUAUGCAAGGCCCCUCUGGUUAUGCCUAGCACAUGUUUCCUUUUGUCGGAGUCUGAGCUUGGGAGGCUCGAUGCUGACACCUGUGUUUGACAGGUCCUGGAAUAGUAGUGACCCCCAACUGUCUGCUAAACUGUUUGGGAAGAAUGGAGUGUUGGAAGAGCAGAAAUCUCCAGGUUUCAAGAAAAGAGAGACAGAGGUGUAUGUUGGCAAUCUUCCACUGGAUAUUUCUAAGGAAGAAAUUCUAUACCUUCUAAAGGACUUCAACCCUCUUGAUGUCCACAAAAUCCAGAAUGGCUGCAAAUGCUUUGCAUUUGUAGAUCUGGGCUCCAUGCAGAAAGUGACACUUGCAAUCCAGGAGCUGAAUGGCAAACUCUUCCACAAGCGAAAACUGUUCGUGAAUACAAGCAGAAGGCCCCCCAAGAGGACCCCUGAUGUGAUACAGCAGCCCCGGGUGCCACUGGUGUUGGAGAAGGCUUCUGGUGAAGGAUUUGGCAAAACCGCUGCUAUUAUACAGCUCGCUCCUAAAGCUCCUGUUGACCUGUGUGAGACAGAGAAACUGAGGGCAGCCUUCUUUGCAGUCCCCUUGGAAAUGAGAGGGUCCUUCCUGGUGCUGCUCCUGAGGGAAUGCUUCCGAGACCUGAGCUGGCUAGCGCUCAUCCACAGUGUCCGUGGGGAGGCAGGGCUGCUGGUGACCAGUAUCGUCCCGAAGACCCCGUUUUUCUGGGCCAUGCACAUCACUGAGGCUCUGCACCAGAACAUGCAGGCGCUGUUUAGCACCCUGGCUCAGGCGGAGGAGCAGCAGCCCUACCUGGAGGACUCCGCUGUUAAGCGUGGGACUCGCUGUCUGGCAGAGUACCACCUGGGGGAUUAUGGACACGCCUGGAACAGGUGUUGGGUGCUGGACAGGGUGGACACCUGGGCUGUGGUCAUGUUCAUUGAUUUUGGACAGUUGGCCACCAUGCCUGUGCAGUCUCUGCGCAGCCUGGACAGUGACGACUUCUGGACCAUCCCACCCCUGACUCAGCCAUUCAUGCUGGAGAAAGACAUUUUGAGUUCAUAUGAGGUUGUUCAUCGAAUCCUCAAAGGGAAAAUCACUGGUGCUUUGAACUCGGAGGUAACUGCCCCUGCUUCUAACUUGGCUAUUCUCCCUCCACUCCUGCCGUUGGGGUCUCUGCAGCAGGCUGCAGCCUAGGCCUGGAUACAGUAUUUACCUGGCAUUCUUAGAUCAAAUGAAUUGCUUAUCUGAGGGGUUGGGUGAACUGGCUGGGUGGGCCUUCCUUCCCACCAAGGCUUUGUCUUUCUCUUCCAGUCGCACAUCCUAAAGUUUGAAGAGUCUAAAUAAUGGGGCUCCCCUCAGCAUGUUCCCUCUCCUGUUUGCCACGGAUCCAGAGGCCACCUGCCCUGCCUUCUCGUACCCCUUUCACCCUUGAGGCCUGGGAGGUGAAAAAAGCCAGACUGUGCCCAGGAUUGAUUUUCAUUUUGCUUUUACUCCCAACUUCCCUCCCAAAAGAGAGUGAAGUCUCAUUUGUCAUGUGUCUUUAGUUCCCCAACUUGGCAUGAACAUUUAAACCAAACAUAGGAAACUACCAUUAGGUUGAAAGCCUGAGGCAGCUGGGAUGGUCUUUCUUGUGUCUCUUCUUUGUACCCCAGAGCAUGAUAUAAGUGGUCCUAACAGAUUCUGGAUAAUGGAGAAGCCCUCUGCUAGUUUUCCUGGCAUUCAAUGUAGAAUAGGUAGAGAAUAUUUAACCAAUGAGCAAAUAAAUGUUGGCAUGUUUCAUGAG